CCGCCGUUGAUUUCUGCUGCUGUGAUCGCUGACAAUGAAGCACGCUGCGAAGAAGAAGAAGAAGCGAUCGCGUCCCCCUAAGGCCCCUUGCAACGGCGCGACAAAUGACGAGCAGCGGGAGCAGCGGGAGCAGCAGCAGCAGCUGCUGCACCGACAGGAACAAGAACAGCAAGAGCAAGGGAGAAUCCUAGAUUCCCUGGUGGAGGCUUUUGAUUCCGUCUCUCUAGAAGAAGCGGCGUCUGCAUACGAGCAAGCUGGUGGGGAUCCGAACAAAGCUGCGCAAAUUCUGUCUAGUUUAGUGGAUGGAGAUGCUAAGAGUGAAGGUCCAGAUCCAUCAACGAGCGGAUCCUCAUCGAGUUCUGGGUCUGAUUUUAUGGAGACGGGUUGCCUGCAAAACGUGGGGAGUGGUAGGGGCAAGCAGAAGAAGCGAGUGGGGGCAGCCACCGGGACGGUAUCAACCAUGCUUGGUAAAGACUACACCAGGGCCAGCCCGAGGAAGCACUCCAAGGCUAGAGCGAUGGAGGAUUAUCAUGGGGUUUUGGACAAGGAGGAGGCAGAACAGUUCUUAUGCUCGAUGCUUGGCGAUGAAUCUGACCUCAGUAUGGCCGUUGUUAGAGAUGUUUUGUGUCAGUGCGGUUACAAUGUUGAAAAGGCCUUAGAUGUAUUGCUUGAUUUAUCUGCUUCAUCCUGCGAGCGAUCUGGCAAUGAGAAUGAUAAUUUAAGCGAUACACAAGACUCCGGGUUGCUCAUUGAACAGUUUGAGAAUUUGACAGAUGGGGGAUCGGAAUGCAUAUCUUACCCACCAGAAUAUGAAUUUCAGGACAGUAUAUGGUCACUUGGCUAUGAUUCUAGGGAUUAUUCUAAGGUUCUUACUUGCUCAGAAGCUGUCUCUCCAACUAGCUCAACGAGUAACUUGGCAGAUCUCCCUCAAAAGGUGUUGGAAUCGUUGUUUAACAUGUCAAAGAGUCCUGAACAUGAACCAAGCACUAUGAACUGGAGGAGUGUGGUAAAGAAAAUGCAGUCACUGGGACCUGGGUUUGAUGUUUGUACUUCAAGCGUUUCAGAGCCUCAGCAGGGUAGCUAUGCGAAGGGAGAUGAAUAUCAUGUAUUUAGAAAGACAGCCAAAGAGCAUUGGGAUUCAAUGAGAACCUAUUAUCAGAAAGCUGCAGAGGCACAUUCAAAGGGGAAAUUUGAACAUGCAGCUUACCUUUCUGAUCAGGGGAAGAUACAAAACAAGUUGGCACGGGCAGCAGAUGAAAAGGCAAGCCAGGAUAUAUUUGAAGCUAGGAACAAAGGCAUUGAAAAUGUGAUAACAAUUGAUUUGCAUGGCCAACAUCUCAAACAAGCAAUGAGGCUUUUGAAACUGCAUCUCCUGUUUGGGAAUUAUAUGCCUUCAAUUCAAACUCUAAGGGUCAUCACAGGAUGUGGGUCACGUGGUGUAGGGAAGUCAGUAUUGAAACAAUCGGUCAUUGAGCUUCUGGAAGUGGAAGAUAUUGAAUGGAGUGAAGAGAACCGAGGAACAUUGCUAAUCAAGUUUGAUGGGUAUAGGGAAUUUAGCUUCCUAGAUACAGAAAGUGAUACCGAGUAAAUUAUAUCUGUAAUGAUAUACUAACUGCAGCAUAGUUUAACAUCCACUACAGGUCAUGUAGUUUUAACAAGGACAGGUAUUCUAUGUUCAUAUUUACAUAGAAGUAUCUUUGCGGUCUUCUGGUAGGUGAUGGGUUAAAGCAAGGAAUCAGCUCUAACAAGGUUCAGCUGAUUGCUUUACCACUCAUGUUCCAUAGACCAUACAUGCAGGUCAGAACAUGUACCGUCUUUAGGGAAACGUUGUAUCUACACAGGUUGUUUUUACUAUUUAAAACGCUGUUCUGUUGUUCAUUAUUAAGCAGUAAUGGAUGUAUUCUGCCCAUGUCUUUGGAAUUAAUUUUUUUCAGAGAA